CCAAGUUUUCUUUGUAAACGUGACCAUUAAUGUCACCUAUGUCAGUGGAAGCAAGAGUCCAGAUAUUUUAUCGAUAAAUAAUAAAUAAGAAUGUGAAUAUCAGGGUAAUUUAUAUACAAUACAAUAUUUAGAGUUUACAAAAAAUGGCACUAUUCAUGAAACAAGAUUUCACUCCGCCAUUGCUGUCGCGGCGAUGGUUUGCGAUCAAAUUUAGGCCUAAUAUGCUAAUAUACAGCCGUGAGCAUAUAAUCUCCAUUCUGGAGAGUGGGUUGCUGUUCCGAGAGGACAGCAUUGAGGUGGAACAAGAGGCCCCAUCGCAGGAGGAGGUCUGGCUUGCGGCCGGUGGUGGGAAGAGCGGCUGGUUCACCAGAGGGGAGGCUGUACUCGCCACUGCAGUGUUAGGUGGAGUUGUGUUCCUAUUCCCUCCGAGGAGUGUAAGCCGUGUAGCAGCGGCACAGGUGUGCGUUUACGCGUCGCUGCCGGCGGCGGUGCGGGCGGGCGCGCGUGCGCUGUGCCGCGGCCGGCUGGCGGCGCUGCUGCACGUGAUGCGCGACUACCUGGCGCUAGCGAGGCGCGCUGCUGCCUGUCUCAAGGAGUACGCCGCUCUACACGCGCAGCUCGGAUCGCUAACAUCAAUAAUCGAGUCGACGCACACGCUGCUGUGCCGGCAGCAGAGCGAGCUGUCCAUCCUGAUGUCGCGCGCGUCCUCGGCGCUGCUCGGCAACGCGCCCUGGCUGCACGCGGACGUCGCCUGGGACGCCGUCGCCAGGGACAACACCGAUAACUUAAUGAAAAUCCACCACGCAUUCCUGGUGGUGCAGUCGACGUUGUUGAAGCACAUCGCGAUGGCGCACUACGUGCCCUCGCCCCACGCGCGCAAGCUGUACAAGAACCACAACGAGCGGAUAUACUGGAUCCACACCGUGCUCAUACAGCACCUCGUCGAAGAGUUCAGACAAAACUACGAAGCUCUGGAGCGCAUGUACCGGCUGCUCAAGAACUCGGGAAAUAAGGAGGUCGAUGACAAUAAGAAGUUGGGAACGGCUGUCAACAAGGCCUGGCUCUGUUCUGAUGUACACACUGGCGUCGCGCGGGCCUGUCUAGAACUGAAACUAGCGCUGCAGAAGGGCAACAAUUUAGAUAUAUUCUUAGACUCCUGCGCACUCAACAACCAAAACUUAGAUCUGGAGAUACUGAACAAGGAUAUAGAGGACUUGAUUGACGACGUGACGAAAUGUCUCGCGACUUUACAAAGCUCUCAAAUACGGCUUAAGAAGUUACGCGGGAAAGUAGAUGAAAAGCCUCGAGAGGACGUUGAAAUAGUGGAAGAUAAUUCGCCGAUUGUAAAAAUUGAUGAUCGCGUGCCAGAAAGUAAAGACGAGGUGUUUUAUUUCGUUAAAACUGACGACGAUGCUCCGGCACAGAGUCCCGGUGACGUCACAACUGCGCCCGGAAAACAGGAACGGGAGACCACAAAAAUUGUUCUGACAGAGUUAAAAAGAAAAUUAGGUAAACGCGAAGACCUGAUGAGGGAGAGAGAAAGGCAAGCCCUGACCAAAACUAUGCCUGGCCUCAAAGACAUACCAGACUUCCCAAGACAGAUUAAAUUCGAAGAGUUUGUAGAAAAAAAAGGUUAUCUACCUAAAUUAGAAAGAAAAGUUCCUAAAAAGAAGUUAUUCCGCCACUACAAAAUUAGGACACGAAAACAUUUGAAAACCAAAAAAUAUGUACUCAAAAUAGAGAAAUACGCAAGCGAGACUGACAUCCCGGGCGACGUGUACGAAGCGAACGCAAAACUUAACGUUAAGAGUAAACUAAUAACAUUUUAUACUAAUCAGAGGCAAAUAGCUGUAGUGAGAUGGCGUAAGAAAAUAGUGACUUCAAAUCAGUUAGACUCCAGCGGCCUCUCUGAAGGUCUGAGUGACGUGGAGGCGUCUGCAGCGAACACGGCAACUAACCAAGCGACCAACGAAUUAAGUUUCAAAGUCAGUAAGAAAGAUCUAGAACUAUCAUCGUCUUCGGAAAGCGAUUUCGAAUUCCAUCAAGUCUUGAACGACGCGCGCAAGACCAGAGCAGUAUGGCGGAAGAAACACCCUGUGACCAAACGCGUCAUAGACAACGGGGAUGAGAGUCUGCGUCCCAUAGAGUAUAGCUUCGGGACGGGCUUGGCUAUGGCCUCUGUUUUGCAGAUCAACAGCAAAGCUCAGAGGCCCAAUAUGGCGCAGGAGGAGGUGUUUAUGGGUGAUGGGGAGGUGUCCACAGACAGCGGGAAUGACGAAGACGCGUAGAUUGGUUUGGUGAAGAUUAUCAGCAGUACAUGUAGACAAUAAGAGAUUUAACAUUUAAUUCCUCAGAGUGCGCAGUACACUUGUAUUUUUUUACCAUUUAUAAGGAGGCGUGGCAUUGUCGAUUGCGUGAGAUUUAUUCGUGUCGAAAUGCCGUAUUAAGUCAUGUGUGAGUUUUGUUACACCUCUAGUAUAUAGUCAUAGACAAGUAUAAUAAUAUUCCACUUAGUAUCCUGUCACUGCACAGCGAGCGCGUAUAUAUCAAAGCCUCUCCCCUUUCUCCCUAGGAAUCCAUUGAUUGCGACUGAUAAGUUAACAAUCUUAGACUCUACCUAUAUCAAACGACAGGACAUUGGUUUCAUAAUUGCAUUUCUAUAACUCCAGACUGCUUACAUCUCAGUUCUAUUGGCUCAUAUUUGUUUUAAAACAUGAAACAUCUAGUAAAUUUUAUUCCAAGCGCUCACUGAGGUCCAGGACGAGACAGGACUGCAGAGUAAGUAUCGAUACUUCAAGGUCAUUAUUUUUAUAUAUCGAUGUCGAUUGAGUUCUCACUCUAUCGAUAUUUCUAGUCCUAACAGCUUACACGUCAAAAGGAAUAUAAAAACAUAAUCAUUUACAAAACUAAUUUGACUUUCCCUCAUGACCUGAUCUCUUAAGAAUACCUACCCAUUAUAACGUGAGUAAAUUGUCAUGAGUCUGAGGUGUGAGCAUACAUAUAAAAUCUACUUAAACUUAUCCCCCAUGUCUUCUGCCCGCUAGUCAUUGAAGGCGCCCACGAUAAUCUUGCAAUUAUAUACGUCAUUAUUUUUUUGUUACACCACGUGCCUUGUAUUAACUUCGGCCAUUGAUCGUAAGUCAAAUCAGAUCACCACGGUUACCUUGUAAGUGCAUUCUGACAUUAAACUGGCAUUUAAUUUGAAAUCUAUUUACCAAUCCAGAUUGGGCCAGGAUAAGCAAAAAUAUCCUGAAAGCGUGAUUAAAAAUGGUUAUAAUCCGUUGUGCUGGUUCAAUGUGUAUUGGAUGGACAUUUUAAUCAUUUCCGAAAAUAUUUUUUUCAUCGUAUUUUUAAUAUGUCUAUUAUAGUUGUUCAUAAUUCCAUUGGUUCACGAAGUAUAAAAUUUUAAAGGUUGUGUUGUUUAUCAGUAUUAAAAAAGGAAAAAAAAUCGUAAACUUAUGUCGUUAGUACGAAUAUUAGACAGUUUGAAACAAUUUUAUAUAUUAAUACCACGGUAAUUAAAAUUAUUAAUAUCUGUGAUUCAUUUCGUAAAUUUUAAUUAUUAUUUUUUUAUAUUAGACAAUAAAGUGAUUUGAUUUUC